AUGGGCGUACCAGGACUGAUCAACCUGGUACGCCCCGUGGUACAGACAGUGAACCUUGAAAGGUUCACUGGCCAACGCGUGGCCAUUGACAUAUCAUCCUUUGCCUAUAAGGGAUGCUAUUCCAGGUCCUUGGAACUGCUGCGCAACGCCGAGGACUUACGUCCUUACAGAUUUGUCUUCAAGAGGCUCGCCCUCCUGACGACAGCCGGAAUCACACCUGUCGUGGUGUUUGAUGGCGCUCCCCUCGCCGCCAAAGCAGAGGAAAACGCGCGCCGUCAGCGCCAACGAAAGGCCGCGAGAGAGGAGGCGCUCAAGCUCCGCAAGCAAGGAAAAGUCCACGAAGCAAGAAAGGCCAGCAGAAGGGCAUUGCACGUCAGCCGUGACAUGCAACGCACCCUCAUGGCCAUGCUGGAUCGCCUCAACAUUGAGUACGUGGUGGCACCUUACGAGGCCGACGCCCAACUCGCCUUCAUGGCCCGGACCGGCCGUGUCGCUGCCGUCCUCAGCGACGACAGCGACAUGCUGUGCUUUGGCGUGCCCCACGUCCUCCGCAACCUGCGAAGCUCCGGGACCUGUGAUUCGAUCCAGUUUCACCACCUGCAGGAGCUCACGUUAACGCGCUACGGCGUUCGCCUGUCGCUUCGCGAUCUUCGCCUGGACACGCUGCAGCUUGCUGCUGUACUGUCCGGUUGCGAUUACCUUCCAAAGCACUCCGGUGCGCACAUUCACGGGAUCGGCAUGCGCACGGCGAUGUACGUCACACACAAAUACAAGACCUACACCGACAUCAUGCAGCACCUCAGGCAAAACUACAUCAUAACCGACGACCUCGACGCAAAGGUGCGUCAUGCCAUGCUUGCCUUUACCUGCCAGGUCGUCUGGGACGACACUGCGCAGGCAAGGCGCAGGCUGCCACCACUUGCACCAGAGCCGGCCGACGACGACGGCGACAGCGCCCAUCCUGCCACAACCCCUCUGUUUGAGUUCACUAGCGACCCCGCAAACGAGGGGCGCACGGUCGCCGGAGUGGUGCACGUGGAGAAUGCCGUGGAACGCGCACGUGGACGUGCAGACCCUGACACGGGCCACACCUGCCACCGUGUGCGGCUUCGCCCGGCUCUCAAAGCCAUCGUAUCCGACAUGCGGAAUGGUCGACUUGAGACAACAUCACACCGUUCGCGGCGUCCAGGGCGCAAGCCUCGCGAUCACAAUGGACGUGACGAUUGUGGCAAGAGCACCAAGCGGGGCAAACGUGGCCAGAAGCGACGCGGUCAAGAUCAGAACAAGAACCCAAGGGUGGCGGUCCUGAUGCCCUUCAAGCGGCUUGGAGUGGAGCUGGAGCGCUCAAAGGUAUGCUGGGCAGAUGAAGUGCACUGCAACCACGGCACUCUACCUGCACAUUCUGCGCACUGCGGAACAACACCACCGGGAAAUCCUCUCCACUCUGGCGGACUCGCCCAGACCACAAGAAAGGAAAUUGUGGAGCGCAAGGUCGCCUUCCGCGAGGCCAGGAGCGUGCCGAAGGCGUCGAAGACCCUCAAGAAGAAGAAAGAAGAAGAAGGGCCCCAAGAAGUCCCGAGCGGCGUCGCCGUCUGA